AUGAAGUUUGAAGAUUUGGCGAAUGAAUUAUUUCUUGAUAUAUUCGAAUUAUUAGAUGGUGUUGAUCUUCUUCAUGCUUUUCAUAAUCUCAAUUAUCGUGUUAAUAGGCUUCUUCUCAUUCAUUUUCGAUUUUAUCAUCUCGAUUUUCGAUCUCUAUCAAAAAAUCGUUUUGACAUCAUUACUGAAAAUUAUCUUCGGUUGAUUUCUGAUAAAAUUUUAUCGAUACAUCUUUCAAAUGAUGAUGAAACACCAGAUUUAUCAUAUUUAUUUGUUUCUUGUGGUUAUACACUGAAUAAAUUCAUUAAUUUACAAUCUCUUUCACUUUAUUAUAUCGAUUGUUUUGAUAUAUUAAAUGAAAUAAUAGUUCAAUGCAAUCAUCUGACAUAUUUAACUGAUUUAAAACUGAUCAAAUGUUAUUUUAAUAGUGAAGAAAAUGAUUUUCAUUGUUUGAUAAAUAAUAUUUUGAAUUUACCAAAACUUAGAAAAUGUUUAUUAGAUCAAAUUAAUUCGAGAAAAAUCCGACUAAAUGAACUGUCGAUGAUGUCAUCAUCAAUUGAAGAGUUAUCUUUGGAAAGAAUGAUUUGUAGUUUAAAAGAUUUGUCUAAUUUGUUUGAACGUAGUCCAUGUCUUGGACGAUUGACCGUAAAUAGUAUAUCGUGUUCUAAAUUUGAACAAUUGGAAAUUGUUAUUCGAUCAUUAACUUCAUUAAAAACUUUCUUUGAUAGUUCAAUAGAUUCAAUGAUAAGUCUUUUUAAAAAGCUUCCUAAUUUGCGUCAUUUAACAUUGGAAACAGUGAAAAUAAAUUGUAAUGGAUGUCAAUGGAAACAAAUACUUGUCAAUUAUCUAGGAAAUCUAAAAGUGUUUCGAUUAAAAAUGAAUUUAAGUUUUUCUCCUCAUAAGAAUAUUCAAAAACAAGUUAAUGAAUUAAUCGAUUCAUUUCGAAGUUCAUUUUGGAUUGAAGAACAUCAAUGGUUUGUUCGAUGUGAUUGGAAUCCAUUUAAUAUUACUAAUCAUGCUAUUCUCUAUACUUUACCUUAUAGAUUUGAUAAAUGUUUUAAUUUUGAUUCAAUCUUUACUAAAUCGACUUCUCCAAACGAUAAACAUUAUUGGUCAUAUGAUCGUGUACAAACACUUUCUUAUGAGAAUUCCGAAAAUGAUUUAUCAAAAGAUUCGAUUUUGUUUUCUGCUCGUUUUCCAAAUCUACAUCAUCUUAAAAUGAGUUUUCCAUUUCAAUUAGAUUUUAAUUCAUGUAUUUCAUCAUUAAAUCGAUUAAUAUCUCUCAAUGUGACAUUACGACAUACUGAUUCGACAUUUAUUCAAUUACAAGAUUUAUUUUAUCGAUCAAUUCAUCUUUAUUCGUUUCGAUUAUCUUAUAUAAAACAUAUUCCAAUGGAAUUAUUUCGUAUGAAAAGUCGAUCGAUCCAUCGACUAGAUUUUUUAACAAAAUUCAAGUCAAAUAUUCGAUAUUU